UGUCGGUUCAUCGAUAGAUAAGACACUCAAUUGAAUAUUUCUCUUUGUUUUGUCAAAAGAUGCCCACUAAUAAGAGCUAAAUAUCUUUUUUUUUUCUUAAUGCAUGAACAGUAUUAUAAAGUUCAUUUUUUGUUUGGUUGAACCAACUUUCCCAAAAUUGAAUACUAUCUUUUGUUUUGGGUUGUUGAUCAACUCUGGAAAAUUAAAAGCUUCGAUUUUCUGAUUCAUCAUCAAAGCUUUUCCACCUUGGUAUGAUUAAGGAAGCUUGGUUUCCGGACAAAACCUGGAAAAGUUGUCAGAUCAACAAUGUAGUUGGAGAUUAAAGCGUCAAGAUAUGCCAGCUCUUGUCCUUUCUCUCUCUCUCUCUCUCUCUUAUGAAGUUUUAUAAGCUUGAGAAAACUGAUAUAGAGACCAUUCGCUUUUAGUGUUUAACCUAUCUCUCUCUCGCCUUGCCUUGAAAGAUAUCCCAAAUAUUUUCUUCUUUCUCUUUUUUUUUUAUUCUUCACGACCGUUUUGUCCGGCGAUCAAAACUAGUCCAGGCCAUGCUGUUAAGAUAAACCCUGUCUGAAUCUUGGCAUCAAAUAAACGUUUUGGAGCUAGUUUGAGGAUUACUUCUGCUUUGCAACUUGGGAGACUUUUUGUUUAUGGCUGUUGCCCUCCAGAGAAGUUUGGAAUUUAAGAAGUUCAGAAGAAUCUAAGCAGCUUAUCCUAAUUGAUUAAGAAAAGAGCAUUAAAAAAAACUGAAUAAAAACCACAAGAAAGCCAUGGCCAAGAAGAAAACUCGACGUCGUGCAGAUGCUGGACAGGAGAGGGAUCAUUUAGGCUGCAUGUGGGGAUUUAUGAAUAUGUUUACUUUCCGCCAUGGACCACUCUCUCACAAGCUCCUUUUCGAACCAAAGCAUGUUGUGUUAAUUGUUCCAUCAGCUGCUGGAAGUCCUAGGAACAAUGAACUUGACAAGUCCAAAUGCCGUGACAAAGGAUCUGAAGAAACCCAUGUUGGUGAAGAAGGCAAUGUCACGAUCACGAUUAUAAAGCCAAGUGUGAAGAAACUCAUAGCAGAAGAGUUGCUCAUCGACAAGGAAAUCAAGAAGCAGAGGGAGGAGAAUGCUGAAACAGGACAGUUGUCAGACUCUGAACUCGAAGGAAGAAGAAGGAAAAACCAUAGGAGAAAAAACAAGACCCGCAAGAACAGCUGCGGUGAUUUUAGCCAUAUUUUAAACACAGCUGCUGAAAGUGAAGAGCCUAAAGUUAAUCGCAGAGCUAAGAAGGGCUCUGAGAGAAGUCUUGACAUUGAUAAUAUGGUCGAAGAGUUCUGUGCAGAGUUACAUCGCAGAAGCCGUGCAAAGAAUGGGAUGCUGAACCACAAACACGGCCAAGAAGAUUAUAAAGAAAAGCUGAGGGAGUUGGUCAAGUUUUUAAUCAGUCAGAAGCUUUUACAUGGAGAAAAUAGUGAAAUAAUCCUUACAUCCAAGGACUUGAUGGAAGUGUUUCAGAUUCUUGGAUCAGAUGAGGAUUUGUUUCUCAAACUUCUGCAAGAUCCAGAGAUAUUUGUGCCUAAAAGCCAGAAAGGAGAAGAAAGCUUGAGCUUGUUUGAGAGAACACAAGAAGGAGAGAAAGAAGCUUCAGACCGUAUUUUCAUACUGAAGCCAAGAUCAGCAAGCUUUUCAAGUUUGUCACCUGAGUCUCAUUUGAUGAGAAACAAAAUAGAGAAGGAGAGAAACAGCAGUUCACAUUUCUUUCUUUCAGAGAUCAAGAGGAAGCUGAAACAAGCAAUCAGAAAGGAGCAGCGUGAGAGAGGGUUUCCUAAAAUUAAUGUGCCAUCUAAAGAUCAUUUCUUUUUCGAGCGGAUGGCAAAGCCUUCAUCAAAAUCUCAGAAGAACAAUGAAGACGAUAGAAUGCAAAAGGUGUCUAACAUUUAUGCAGAGGCCAAGAAACAUCUGUCUGAGAUGUUAAUGUUAAACAAUGGAGAUGUAGAUUCAAACUCAACGACCAGACAGUUUCAAAACAGCAGCCUGGGAAAUAUUCUCUCCCUUCCUGACUACUUGUCUCCUCUAAGCAGCCCAUGGGAAAAGAGCUCACCUUCACACAGGAAGUCUGCUUCUGCUGAUUUCAUCAAUGCUGUGAGCCUACCAAACCAUGCAAUGAAAAAUAAUGAUCUUCCGGUCUGUGAUCUAAGCAAAGAACCUGUCAUUUCAAUCGAGUCUACUGAACCUACUGAUAAAAUUGUUGACAUUGAGGAUGGAACUGCUAACACUGCAGCAAAUCUUCCAGGUUCUACAGAUGAUGUAAUGAUUAUUAAUGAGAUAGAUAUAGUUCCAGAGGAAGCAAUCCAUAAUUUGGUUGGUGACUUACCCAAAGCUGAAGCUCAUGAUGAACAGAGAGAUAGUAUAAUCUCAAAACAGGCUUCUGAUGAAGAGAGACAACCACCAGUGUCUUCCUCUGUGGCAUCACCAUCUCACUGUUUAGCUAAAAGUGAGGAGGAGUGCAAAUCACAUGUUCCGGAAUGGUCAAGCCCAGUAUCAGUUCUUGAACCACUCUUCACUGAAGAUGAUAUAAGCCCACCAAAAAUGCGAUCUCAGUCUGAUGAAGAAGAAGCACAAGUUCAACCAUGGUGUAUCCACUUCGAUGAUAACGAAUAUUCUGUCAAAACCAUCACAAGUGACAAAGAAGUGGUGUUCAAGUAUGUAAGAUCUGUCUUGGACGCUGUUGUCUCGGAUUUUGAAGAGCUCUAUCUCAAGGCGCAAUUCUCUGACCAGCUUCUUGAACCGGCACUGAUCAGCAACAUACCAUUCUCUCCAAACCAGCUUUGUCAUGACCAUGAGCUCCUCUUUGACUGCAUCAACGAAGUAAUCAUGGAGCUCUGCUGUUGCCCUCCAUGGGCUUCGUUUGUUGCACCAAGAACCCGAGUCUUCUCUACCGUCAAAAGCAUCGUUCACGAGGUUCAAGAAGUGGUCUACUGGCAUCUCUUGCCUUUGCCACUCCCUCACGCGCUGGAUCAAAUAGUUAGGAAAGAUUUGGCUAAAUCUGGAAACUGGUUAGACAUCAGAUAUGACAUUGACUGCAUUGGCUUUGAAACUAGUGAACUGAUUCUCGAGGAAUUACUUGAAGAGCUCGCUCUGAACUGCCUCAACAACAGUGAGCACUCUCUGGUUCCAGCUGAGUUGAAGACUGAUGAGAGCAUCCUUGUUUUAUAAAAAGGUCAUGAAAAGUGAAAACUCUCACCAUUGUUAACUUUCAUUAGCGUAGAACCAUGUAGAUACAUUGUAUUACUUAAUAACUCUCAUAGAGCUGCGACGGCUGAGAGAGAGAGAGAAGAGAUCCUUUUACGAUCAGCCUGGAGACUGUUUGUGCUGGGGCCAUUAUAGAAUCACUUUCAAAGACAGCACCAUUGCCAUUGGUCUCUUCUUCUUUUAAGGUAUAUAAUAUAUCUAUAAUAUAUAUAUAUAUAUAUAUAUUUUUUUUUUUGAACAACUAAUAUAUCUAUAAUAUAUUUAUUUGUAAUUUGAGUGUUUGUGUGUUUGUAUGUUGAGAUGCAGAUAGAUGUGGUAGUGUUUCGUUCUCGUUGAUUUAUUUGUGUUUGUAAUCUUUUCAGAAGUUGACAUAAACAAGGUAUUAUCAUUGAUUAAGAGUGUGAUCUGGGCGGUGACAAU